AUGGCGACACUAGAUGAGAUGGGCAUUGACACCUCCCGUCGCAACCCAAGCCCACGCCCGCUGUCAGACAGCGAGCGGGCACGUCUGGAGGAGUUUAUUGAGGCGAUCCACUACUCUACACGCCUAACAUCUGCUAGCUACAAUGACAACGAAUACGAAUACCGCCACGUGCAGCUUCCCAAGGCUAUGCUCAAGGCCAUUCCCAAAGACUAUCAUGACCAGUCCAAGGGCACUCUGAAGCUCCUGUGGGAGGAAGAAUGGCGGGCGAUGGGUAUCACACAGAGUCUUGGGUGGGAGCACUACGAAGUACACGAGCCAGAGCCUCAUAUUCUCCUCUUCAAGCGCCCACUGAACUACCAACCUCCGCAGUGA